AUGGAUGCUAGAGCACUUGCUUCCCCGAAUCUAACGAUCCUCCUAGCCGGAAACAAAAGCGACCUGCUUUCCCAGGAUACCAUGUCCCUGGGUGGGGCGGACUACGAUGACGAUUUCCUGCGUUUACCCCCGACACCAUCAAGUACGUCAAGCAGACAGUCUCCAUUCCCUUUCGAUUCUGGUGGGGGAUCGCUGCGAUCCAUCAACGGGCCGCUGGUCGGUACGAGAAUGACAGCAACAGUGGCCGCGGAAGGGCGUGAGGUGCCGCUAGAAGAAGCGUCGCGGUGGGCGGCGAAAUCCAAUAUACCUGUUGCAGUGGAAGUAUCCGCCUUAUCCGGGGACAAUGUGGAUGAACUGUUCAACCGGCUCGCGCGGAUCAUCCUUACCAAGAUCGAAUUGGGCGAGAUAGACCCUGAUGAUCCCCAGAGUGGUAUUCAGUAUGGAGAUGGAGGAAUGUAUGGCACUGGCACGAGCGAUGGAGGUAGCGUGCGGAGCGGGAUCACAAUCGAUGACUCUAUGACGCAGAUACGGAGGAGAAAGGCCUGGAACCGUGGCGCAGGGAACGGGUGGGCAUCGGGAAUGAGAGAGUGGGAAGAUGUGUUCAGGCUGGGUGGAUCGAACACCCGGAGGGGGAGGUGUUGUUAA